AUGCGCAAGCGAGUCCCAAUCGAGGUGUGGGAAAGUAAAAGACCUCUUAUCACAAGACUGUACCAGGAGGAGAAGAAAUCUCUGAGAGAGGUUAUGGAGAUCAUGGAAAGGGACCACCAUUUCGUAGCCACGGUCAAAAUGUACAAGUCGCGUAUAUGGAAAUGGGGCCUCGACAAAAAGUUGAAGGGAGAUGAGGUGCUCGCCAUCCUUAUUCUCAAAAGAGAUCGAGAUGCGCUCAAAAGACCUACGGAGUUCAGGAUCCGCGGCCAGCUUAUUGACUUUGAAAACAUCAAACGCUAUGUCAAACGUAACCCUGCGCUGGUCGCGAAACUACGCGACGGACACAAGCCCAACGUUCAGACCGCUCGGGAAGUCACCUGUCGAACCCCGUCGCCAGCUCCUAGCCAGGUCCUCAACUCUCCAGCGGAUUUGUAUGGCGUCGAGAAGAUUCUGGGUCUCUUCCGCGAUUAUGUUGAUGGAUCAUUCUCGUCGGGGGCUUGGUUCUGUGAGUACAACGUCGACUGUGGCAGCAGUCUUCUCAACAACGGAGACCGCAGCAACGAGCUUUUUGAAAGGGUCAUUGCCAGUUUCGCCCUCGUCAAUCGAUGUAUGGUGCGAGGUGACCAGAUCGAUAUCAACAGCGUCCUUGGUCCAUCCUUUGAGUCAUUGAAAGAGAUUGUGGCAGCUGAGAGCCCUGACUUCGUGGCGCGUACAGUCUGCCUGCUUUGGUACCUCGACCGGCACCACAAACACGAUUUGUUGCGUCUGGUUCUUGAUUACCUCGCCGGCUUGAUGCCCAUCGUCCUCGGUCAGCAUCACGUCUUGGCACAAAUAUGGAGGAGCUUGAGUGCCACCAACCUUUCUGAUUACUACGAAUUGUCGAUGAGGUUGUAUGCCCUCCUGUUGCCGGACAUUGAGGAACGAACAGGACCUGCCAAUUUCCUGACCCAUCUGUUAUACAGCGACUACCUCGACUGCGUGUUCUCUCGUCGAGGGCCGGAGGAUUGUGCGGGAAUGAUAACGACGCAUCUCGCCCGCGCUGCUGCAUCCGGGAAGCGGCACCCGUGGAUUGGCGACUUGGCCCUGUCGCAUGCUGGUAUUCUUGCAGCGUGCGAGGAGCGUCAAGGCAGGUUGGACGAGGCGGUUGCAAUCCUGACCGGCCACAUGAAUGCGUAUGCCUUGACAGACGAACAGACAGCAGCAAUCCACCUCGAGCUUGGGGUCAAGUAUCUCCACAUCGGCAACACAGCAGCAGCGAUCGCCUCGUUUGAAAUGGCAGUAAAAAUCGCAUUGACGUCAAACGCUGACGAGCGGCUCUCCAUGACAGCACUAGGGAACCUGGAAAAGUUGCUGGCGGAGACAGGGAAAUCGAACAAAGCGAACAAGAUUCAUGAAUAUCGCAUGCGCCGAGUUGCAGCCUUCGCUGAGAAGUCGGCAUCACUUGCCAAAGGGUUCGAGACCGAGGACGAUGCUAAUGGCGAAAGUGACUUUGGAGACACGGAGAGGGAAGAGCUGGCUUUGUGGCUGUGGAUGGACGAAGACUUCGAAGAGCCGCAGCUGGACUGGCUAAUCUCAGCGAACUGCAUGCAUGAAAACGAGGGAGCUUUUGCCCCCGUCUACCCCAAUACAGUAUCGUGGAUUGGUGUGGCAGCUCAUGAGGCACCAGGUGGGGUGUCAAACAACAGCGGCAGGACAGAAACUCAAGUCGACGUGGCUGAGAUAGGCACAGACUUCACCUACAGUCCUCGGCCGGGGAUUCAAUGA